AUGGAGGAAAGCCAAGAACUUGCUUUGACCCAGUUGAGAAAAUCGGUGGAGAAACUUUUUUCUUCCACAGAGGGAUAUGAGAAACCUACAUUGAUGAGGUUCCUGAUUGCAAGAUCAAUGAAUCCAGACAAGGCAGCAAAGAUGUUUGUAGACUGGCAAAAAUGGAGAGCCUCCAUGAUACCUCCUUCCGGAUUCAUCCCAGAUUCAGAAGUGAAGGAUGAAUUGGAAUUCAGAAAGAUCUUUCUUCAGGGUCCAACUAAAUCUGGACAACCUUUGGUAGUUUGCAAAGUCUCCAAUCAUUUUCCUGCCAAGGAUCAACUUCUUUUCAAAAAGUUUGUUGUUCAUUUGCUAGAAAAAUCUAUAUCAAGUGCCAUUGCCAUCCAAGGAAAAGAAGUAGGAGAUGAGAAGGUGGUAGGCCUUAUUGAUCUACAAAACAUUACCUACAAGAACCUUGAUGCUCGUGGAACUAUCACCGGCUUUCAGUUCUUACAAGCUUAUUACCCGGAACGCCUCUCAAAAUGCUACAUCUUGCACAUGCCCGGAUUUUUCGUGACCGUUUGGAGAUUCAUCUGCCGUUUUCUAGACAAAGCAACUAAGGAAAAGAUUGUAAUAGUAACGAACGGGGAAGAACAGCGACAGCUCGAAGAAGAAGUAGGACUAGAUGCAUUGCCUGAAGAAUAUGGUGGACGAGCUAAGCUCACAGCAUUCCAAGAUGUUAAUCUUCCUCAGGCUGCUCCAUGAAUGUUCACAACAAACACUAAUGAUAAUCUCUUUAUUUCCUUUGUGAGCAUUUAAAACUUGGCGUUUUCAUGAUUAGAACAAAACUUUGUUAUUACAACUUUUCAACUAUUUUAAAAGUU